UGAAGUAAACACUUGCUGGGUUGUUUUUGAGUCGAUUUCCUGAUAUCUGUUGAAAAGAUUCGCGAUCGGAAGAUCUAUUCACUGCAAUGGAUAACGUGUUAUGUGACGGUCAUGGAAAGCCAUGUUUCCUGAAGACUGGCACGAAGGAAGGACCAAACAAAGGCAAGAGUUAUUACAUCUGCAGCAUCGGAUUGGGGAAACAGUGUGAAUACAUUUCCCCAGCAAGGUUACCAGUUUCUUCUUGCCUGGUACAUGAUGAUAAUGUUGUGGAGCUACAGGCACUUGGGACCAGCUCUUCAACUGGUGAAGAGAAACGUUAUUUUCGGUGCAGUAAGUUCAGGGAGAUCGGUAAGGGUUGGUGUGGCUCAGUCGUCAUCAACAAAUCUAACCCAAAGAUGGAUACCUCAGGACGCCAGCCAUUAAAAGAUCGGAACGGAUUGCAUGAUAAGGGUAAAUCUGAUAAGCCGAUCCAACACAAACCCCAUCAAGAUAACACCACUACAUCAAACCACUUCAAGCUUCCUCGAAGCAAUCCCACUUUUGACACUACUUCACAAGUUGUCGGGAGGCAAGAAAGACAUGGCUCGUCAACAGUGUAUGUGGAUCCAACCCCUAGUCGUUCAGACCUACCAAAGAAGACCGGGACGACAGAGGAAAGGAGAGUGUCUCAUCAUGUGUCACAAAAAGCGACAAUCGAUGAGUUGUCUGAGAGCUUCAGCUCUCAAAUGGCAAUUUCUGAGGCUGAUGAUGUCUUUGAAGAGCCUGCCGUGGGCCCUAAGGAGUCAUCACAAGGUCUGGAACCAAAGAGUAAAGGAGCUGUAGGACAUCAUGUAGAGAUGGGAGAAGCUGGAAUGGUAGGGAUAAGAGAGGGGCAACACCAACGGGCGAAGGCAGUCAGUCGAUCAGCUUCCAGUUCUGUCUCAUCAAGCAGCUCAAGAUCAUCCAGUACAGGAAGCUCUGUGUCUUCCACACUGGGGAGCAGCCGUCCAUCAACCGUCCCACCCCAUCAAGAGCAACCAGUUGUGCCAAAGCAAUCCACCACAUCAUCCAUUCAGAGCAGACAAGCCCAAUCCAGCGAAGUUAUCGAUCUAACAUCAGCCGAGCAAGCCCCUUCAUCAGUGGCCACCAAGCCCCAAAGCAAUGGAGCAAGGGCGAUUACCUCUACCAUCCGCUCCAUCGCCCCUGCUCCGAGCGUUACCACCGGGCCGGUGAAUCUCUUUCAGGCCUAUGGGAAGACAACCCAACAGGGAUUAGUAGCUUUAGAAGUACAGCAAGAUCUGCAGCUAAAACAUCGACUACUUAGAGAUCUUGACAAACAAAGGGAUGUAGUGAAAUCUGUUCCAUUGUCGAUGCUACCAGACAAGGGUGCUAAGCUUAUUCAGAGAGUAUUGACUACAGAAGCAGAGAUCAAAGCUGUUGAUGCAAGACUAAAGAAAGCCCAGACCAAUGGAAUGUUUCCACAGCAACUAUUGAACGGCAAACCUCUGGCCAUGACCUCAGCCUCGGGGGCCUCAAUUCAGCAGCAACAGUUUAUGGCAUACCAAUUUGCAGCCCAGCCACAGAUCCAGACUCUGUACGGAGGACGUAUGACCAGCACCAGACAAAAAGAAGUAGGAGCUAUCACUAACUACGCAAUCGAAAAACUACACACAUCUCUACAGACAUGCCCUUCUGCUGACACAGAGACUGAUGACCCCAAAGGGUUAAAGGUCACACUCAUGACCCAUCAACGACAAGCUUUGACCUGGCUCAUCUGGAGAGAAAAGCAACAUCCUUGUGGAGGAAUUCUGGCUGAUGAUAUGGGGCUCGGCAAGACCCUAACAAUGAUCUCACUGACUCUAAGGCAGAAGCAGCAGGCUGCUCUACAGGACAAACCAGAAACGGAUUCUAAACCAAAAGACCAGCAAGGCUUUAUUACCUCCCAGGGGACCCUGGUUGUGUGCCCCGCCUCUCUAAUGCUACAGUGGAACAACGAGGUGGAUAGACGCUGUGCACCAGGCUCUCUAAAGCUGUGUCUUUACCACGGAGCCAACCGCGAGAGAAACCCCAAGAAGUUAGCCAAGUAUGACAUGGUGUUCACUACUUAUAAUAUCGUCAGUAAAGAGCUGUCGUUCCUCUCGGCUAAGGAUAAGGGUGAACACCCAGUAGAGGACUUGCCGUCUGGCGGAGAUCAGCCCAUGCUCCUAAAGAUCUGCUGGGAGCGUAUCAUCCUAGAUGAAGCACACAGCAUCAAGAAUCAUAAGAGUCAGACAGCCAUGGCGAUAUGCCGUCUACGCGCCAGAGCCCGCUGGGCGGUGACGGGCACACCCAUACAGAACAACCUACAAGACAUGUUUUCCCUGCUGAGAUUCCUGCGAUGUUCUCCAUUUGACGAGUAUCAAGUAUGGAAGAGACAGGUGGACAACAACUCAAAAUCUGGCAGCAAUCGGCUGAAUAUUCUGGUGAAGAACCUACUACUGAGACGAACUAAAGACCAGAAGAAUGCCGCCACCGGCAAACCACUGGUGGCGCUACCUGAUAAGCAAAGCCAUGUUCAUGAGAUUGAGCUGUCCCCAAAUGAGAGACGAGUCUAUGAUAAAGUCUUUGGUGAUUCAAAAUCUAAGGUGCAAGAUUACAUUCGCUUCCACGAGGAUAAGGAAAAGGGUCAAGGUUCACACGCUCCAAGCAGAGCACCCUCUUUAUUCACCAGCGCAGGUGGGGCCUCUACGGGCGGGGCCGCUGGUGGUAGCGGAACCAUGCGAAUGGGCGGAGCUGCAGGCGGAGUCAUGAGUGGUAGUCAUAUACUUGUGUCGCUGCUCCGACUGAGACAGUGCUGUGGUCACCUUAGUCUUCUUAAAGAGGCAGUAGACACAGAUAGCUGUGAACCAGAAGGUAUCGAUCUAGAUCUGGUUGGUCAGAUGAAGGAAAUGAACAUUGAGGAGGAAGAGGAGGCAGGGGAAGGUCCCAGUGGAGGAGGGGUUGAAUCGGCAACCAAGACGUCCAUCUUCGACAAGAAAGUGGCAAGCACAAAGAUACAAACUGUCCUGUCAGCUCUUAAGGAAAUCCGUCGUGACAGCCCGCCUGGUCGUCCCAUGAAGAGCGUGGUCAUCUCUCAGUGGACUAAGAUGCUAGACAUCAUGGCUGAUCAUCUGACUAGGGCCGGCUAUCGGUUCUGGAGCAUUCGUGGCGAUAUCCCGCCGAAGAAACGGGGAGAGGCCCUGGAGGAUUUCAACAGCAACCCGCGGGGGCCAGAGAUCAUGCUGGUAUCACUGAGGGCCGGUGGGGUCGGUUUGAAUCUCAUCGGGGGAAACCACUUGUUUCUUUUGGACAUGCAUUGGAACCCUGCAUUAGAGGACCAGGCCUGCGACCGUGUCUACCGCGUUGGCCAGAAGAACAAUGUCUCCAUCCAUAAGUUUGUCUGCAUAGACACCAUCGAGAUGAGGAUACGAGAAUUGCAGAAGGCCAAGUCCAAGCUGGCCACGGAUGUGCUCUCAGGAGCUCGAUCCCAGAGUAAGAAGCUCACCCUAGCCGAUCUACGAUAUCUCUUUGGCGUCAACUAAAUUCUAAAAGUAAAUAAAAAAACGCAACAAGCAUCGACACGCUCGACGAAGACAAGACACCAUUUGGGACAAUCAAAGAAGUAACUUCAUUUAUAACAACAUUUUACUUUCGUUUUGUCAGCAUUUAUUUUUGUAUGGUACAAUUUAUAUUAUAAGUGGAUCAUCGGUAUUGGAGCAAUUUUUACAGCCGUAAUAAUGUAGGCUUUGCAGUCAUUUAUUUUGGAUUAAUAAUUUGCUUCUUUUUGUUAUACCACAUCGAUUUAGUUUUAGUGGAAGUCUGAAUAUUAUUAUCAAUAAUAUUUACAACAAAUUGUAAACUUUUUUCAAAGAAAAUAAAUCGACCGAAUGGACAAGAAAAAUAAAAUAAAGUAUUUGUUCUAAAUGUAUUCUAAACAUUUACUGACCACCAACAAUUUUUCAAAAUAUAAAAAUAAAAUGUAGGUCUCAAAUACAAGAAAAUCAAAUACUACAAAUACUACGAGAAAUAAAACUAACUUGAAAGGAGUCAAUAGGCAUUAUGGUUGAUUUAAAAUGAUUGGUUUCUUUUUCUGGGAACUUUCUGUGGAAGCAGAGGAUUGACGGCUCUGUAAUUAUUUAUUAGAUUUAACUAUUUGAAGACACUGGACACUAUUGG